AUGGCCCCCUCGCUCACCGCGCACACCUCCUUCACCCGUCCUCGGACGAGCGAUCGCGAUGCCCGCCCUACAACUCGCGACCAGGGCGACAACAACCUAAUCAUCCCCAGCCGGACAUCGUCGCUGCAUUCGAGGAUCACACAGCCCAUCCCCUCGACCCUCAACGCCAAAUCCCAGCAACGGACGCCCAAGACACUCACACAUGCCUACAUGGUCUGUGGUGUUGGCCGCGAGCCAUCCCAGUGGGUCAAGGCCCCGGCCCCAGCUCAGGGCAAGAUUGGACACAUGAAGGGUGCUGUCGGGCAGUUUUGGCUGCCGGAGAUCCUCGGCAGUAGCCCAAGGUUGGAGCAGGACAAUGACAUUGCUCGUUCUUUGCAUGCUGCCAUGAGAGCCUGUUUCCCCCAUGAUGUCGAGAUUUGCACAGGCCGUAGCCAACCUCACUGUGUACACCACGCCUUUGUCCUCCAGCAGGACUCCUCACACACCCUCUAUGGCAUUUGCCUUCGGGUUUGGUCACGAGCCGACGAGAAGCGCGCCGAAACUAUCCGCGAUCUGAGGAAGAGGACAGAGCCCGACUUCUAUGACAACACCGAUGAGACUUACUGGAUUCCGUACUGCUUGUCCUUCCUCUCCAGGUACCCACUCUACAACUUGCUGGGUGACUACCUCCGCGGCAUGUGGAUUCACUGGAACAAGGCUACCAACCUCUUCCAUGCUGAGGAGGUUUCGAGGAUCCUGAGCUUCCCCGCGCCUCGCCUCAACGACCUUGUCCGGAUCGACAUGAAGGACUACGCUCUGUGCUAUCAGUUCCCCUCGUCCCCAACCGGCUUCCAGAACUUUGCCAUGUGGCCGCUGUUUGCUUGCUUGUCUAUCCCUAACAUCGUGGGAGUGAUCGAGGCAGCCAUCUCACCGACCCGCCGCAUUAUUUUCGUCAGCCACUACCCGGCCAUACUGACGGUCGCCGCCGAGACGAUUCGAUAUUGUGUUCGCGUGUACGAGUGGAGUGGGCUGUACGUGCCGGUAGUGCAUGCCCGCCACGCCAAGGAGCUCGUCCAAGAGCCCGGCCCAUACAUUCUGGGUGUUACCGCCGAAUGCCGGUCGCUCUUCACUGCGCCGAACGAUGCUCUCGUGGUCGACCUGGACCGCAACUUCGUCCUGACCUCGGACCCUCCCACUGCCCUGAACCCUGGGCAGCGCAACAAGUUUGUCACGCGCCUGACUCAGGCUCUUAAUGGGGACGUCACCCCGUCAGGCGUUCCGCAACACCUGCGCUCCGCAUACGGUGGUGGAAAGCUUGUGCCUGCUGGUCAAAUCAUUGUCAUGCGCGGCGAGGUCGAGUCGAUCCAGGACCCCGAAUGGUGGAAUCAGGACUCCAUCAUGGCUGUGAUGGAUCAUGUCUGUGAGAAGAUGGGCCGCAACAGCGGCAUCAAGGCCGUUUUCGGCGGUACUGUCAAGAAGCCUUUGAUGACAAAGGUCUCUAUGAGGCACCUCAACGAGAUCGUUCGCGAGAGGAACCAGUACUCUCGUGAUGCUCAAGAGGCUUGGCAGGACUUUAUCAACCUGAAGGGUCGCAUGGACACCGAGCUCGCGAAGGUUACGAAGCGCAACAACUACCUCAACGAGGAAUUGGAGAGCUGGAAGCAACAGUUCCUCAAAUUCCAGGCCUUUGCCGAAACUCUUACGAAGGAGACCCAAGACCUCAAGGUUAAGAUCGAGGGCCACAAGAGGGAGAACCGACGCUUGGGCAGUCUCAUUGACCAGCAGAAGGAUGACUCCGCACGCAUGUCGGUUCGCCUCACUGGAACGGAGAAGCAGCGUGAUGACGCACUUGAGGCUCUUGUUCUCCAGCAAGAGAUUGCUGAGGAACUCGAGCGCGAGCGCAAGAGGAACAAGAAGGAGCUUGCUGCUAUGCAACACACCAACGUGACUAUCAUGCGCCAGCGUGACGAGGCCCGUCGCGUCGUGCUGCACCUGCGCAGCCUCAUCGGCGGACAGAGCCACCACAUGGAGCACCUUGUCCAGUCCUUGACCCACCCCGUCGAUUUGGAGGAAGAGAUCGCCAACGGCUUCGUUGCGGCCACCGAGGAGGAUGGUGGCAUGUCCUCGGUUGACAAGGAGCGUCUUAUCAAGGCCGCUCGUAACAGCAAGCGAUUCUCGACCUCGAGCUUCUUUGACGUGGCAGACCGUCACCUCAAGGAUAAGACGGACGCUAUUUCUCACAUCAUCCGCAACAUCGCAGAGCAGUGCCAGGCUGCCGUGGAGGGUCUGGAGCUUGCUCAUGAUGCGGAAAUUGACACGCCCACGGCCAACCGGCGCCGCAGCAGCAAUCUCUCCGGUCGCUACAGCGAGGAUGGCCGCUCAACUGCCGCGUCUGACAUGGGCGAGGACAGCCACCUUAACCCGUCAGGACGCACAUCGAGCAUCCCGCCCACGCCUGAUCUGAUCCCCAACCGCAGCUCGACGAGCAUGUCCAUUGCCUCCACGAUGACGACCCCUGAGAGGUCGUCGCAGCAGUACAGCAUCGGCCAUGAGAUCCCCACCAAGAUCGUCGAGGACGACGAGGAGGACUACACGGAGCGCAGCGACAACGAUAUGCCUCAGCAGGAGCCUAUCGUUGUGAAGCAGGGCCCCCCCGGUAAACGAGGAGACCCUGACUUCAAGAAGCGACGAUCCAUGGAGAUGCAAGCAGCCUGCGAUUGGGCAGAGCAACAGGCGAGGAGAAAAGAGGAGGAAGCAGCGCAACGAAAAAAGAAGCGCGAUGCCGAUUUCAAGAAGAGGCGAUCCAUUGAGCUACUGGCGGGCUACGACCAGAGUCUCCACAAGCUUUGGAGAUAA